AUGGCCAUCAGCAUCGACCCAGCCGAGGAACCUCGGAUUUACCAGCAGACCCUGCUCCAGGACGGACUCCGGGACCUGCUGGACACCAACAAGUUCGUGGACUGCGUCCUGAAGAUCAAGGGCAAAGAGUUCCCCUGCCACAGGCUGGUGCUGGCUGCCUGCAGCCCAUACUUCCGAGCCAUGUUCCUCUCCAAUCUGGAGGAGACCAAGGUGCGGGAGAUCAUCCUGGAGGAUGUGGAGCCGGAGACGGUCGGGGCGCUCCUGCGUUACAUCUACACCUCGGAGGUGCAGCUCAAUGACAGCAAUGUGCAGGACGUCUUCACUGCCGCCAACAUGUUCCAGAUUCCGUCCAUCUUCACCCUCUGCAUCUCCUACCUGCAGAAGCGGCUGGGUCUCAGCAACUGCCUGGCCAUCUUCCGCCUCGGCUUGAUGCUGGACUGCCCCCGGCUGGCCAUCACCGCCAGGGACUUCGCUUGCGAGCACUUCAGCCUGGUCAGCAAGGACGAGGACUUCCUCCGACUGAGCCCCGAGGAGUUGGCCGCCAUCGUCUCCAGCGACUCCCUCAACGUGGAGAAGGAGGAGGCGGUUUUCCAGGCGGUGAUGAGCUGGGCGGGACGUGAGGAGGGUCACCUGGAAGCCCUGCCGCUGCUCUUCGACUGCGUCCGCUUCCUCCUCAUGCCCAAGGACUACCUGGAGAAGCAUGUGGAGAGCCACCGGCUGGUCCGGGCAAGGCCGGAGCUCCUGGCCAAGAUCCAGCUGGUGAAAGACGUGCAGGAGGGCAAAAGGCCCAAGAGAGAGAAAGGGGCGUCGAGAAAGAAAGCCAGCAACGAAGACAAGGGUGAGGAGGAGGAGGAGGAGGAGGAGGAGGAGGCUCCGGGCAUCUUGAACGACAACCUGAGGUUCGGCAUGUUCAUGAAGGACCUGAUCUUCAUGAUCAAUGAGGAGGCCGCCGUGGCCUACGACCCCUCCACCAACGAGUGCUACUUCGCCUCGGUCUCCGGCAAGAUCCCAAAGAACCACUCCAGCCUGGUCACGGCCCAGAACCAGAUCUUCGUCAUCGGUGGCCUCUACUACCACGAGGAGAACAAGGAGAACCCGCUGCACUCUUACUUCCUGCAGUUUGAUCACCUGGACUCUGAUUGGCUGGGAAUGCCACCCCUGCCUUCGCCGCGAUGCCUUUUUGGCCUGGGGGAAGCAGAAAACGCCAUCUACGUCAUCGGAGGCAAGGAGGUAGCUGAAGGGGAGAGGUCGCUGGACACCGUGAUGUGCUACGAUCGACACACGUUUAAAUGGGGAGAAUCAGAUUCACUUCCAUAUGACGUGUCCGGUCACAGUGUGGUAUCUCACAAUGGACAGGUGUACGUAAUAGGAGGGAAGGGAAAAGACAAGAAGUGCUUGAACAAGAUGUGUGUGUAUAAUCCCGAGAGGUUUGAGUGGAAGGAACUGGCCCCCAUGAAGACAGCCCGCUCCUUGUUUGGAGCGACAGUCUACAAAGACAAGAUCUGGGUGGCCGCAGGGGUCACCGACAGUGGGCUCACUGGAAGCAUCGAGGUGUAUGAUCCAGCUGAAAACAAGUGGGAAGAAGGUGUGGCAUUCCCCCAGGAGCGGAGCUCGCUGAGCCUGGUCACCCUGACGGACUGCCUGUAUGCCAUCGGCGGGUUUGCCAUGAUGGAAUCCGAAUCCGGAGAUUUUAUUCCGACCGAGAUCAUCGACGUAUGGAAGUACAAUGACAACAAAAAGGAAUGGUUUGGUGUCCUCCGCGAGAUUCCCCACGCUGCUGGAGCAACUUUCCUUCCAGUUCGACUAAAUAUUUUACGAUUGAACAAGCUAUAGAGGCAAAGCCUGUGGUGUUG